AUGCGACUCCCAGACUUUUCCAAAGUAUUUGAGGUCGAAUGUGAUGCGUCAGGGGUAGGAAUAGGUGGAGUCUUGAGUCAAGAACGCCACCAUAUUGCUUAUUUUAGUGAGAAAUUAAAUGAUGCCAAACAACGGUACUCAAUUUAUGAUAAGGAUUUGUACGCAGUCGCAUGGCCGCUGGAUCGAAUAUUUGCAAGCCUAUUCUUUUGUCUUAAAGCAUUUGAAAAUCGAGCUGCUGACGCUUUAAGCCGUCGCAUCGCCUUCUUGUCCACCAUGAGUGUUAAGGUCAUCAGGUUCGAAAGACUUAAGGAAGAGUACGAGUUAUGUCCCGAUUUCAGAGAUAUUUUUCUUGAUUUGCAAAAUGGGGAGUUGGACACCACUGACGAUUUCCGUUUGGAAGAAGGCUAUCUUUUCCGAUCCAAUAAGUUGUGCAUCCCGAAAACUCCAGUACGAGACUUUAUAGUGUGGGAAAGUCAUGCUGACUGGUUGACUGGACAUUUUGGGCGUGAUAAGACUAUAGAGGAAAUUGAACGUCAAUUCUAUUGGUCCAGUUUAAAGACAGACGUGGCCAAGAUUGUUGGCACAUGCAACACCUGUCAGCAUUCUAAGCAAAAGAAGUAG